AUGGGGCUCCGCAGCGCAGCGCUGGUCGCCGCGCUGCCCUGGGCCGCGGCGGCGUCCUACGAGACCAAGUGGCACACCCAGUCCCUCACCCACGCCAAGGGCGACGACCGCACGUACCAGCAGCGCUACCUCGUCAACGACACCUUCUGGGGCAAGGGCUCGGCGCCCCUCUGGCGCGACGACGACAGCUGCCCGGGUCCCGUCCUUUUUUACUCGGGCAACGAGGGCCCCGUCGACGGGUUCUGGCCGGCGAACGGCUUCAUGACCGACUACCUGGCGCCCAAGUGGGGCGCGUACGUGCUCAUGGCCGAGGCGCGCUACUACGGCGCCUCGCUCCCGUUCGGCAACGCGUCCUGGACGCCGGAGAACGUGCAGUACCUCUCGACGGAGCUUAUUUUAGCGGACUACGCCAGGUUGCUCACAGAGCUCAAGUCCUCCCUACAAGGCUGCCCCGUCGUCAGCUUCGGCGGGUCCUACGGCGGCACCUUGACGACCUUCUUCCGCCUGACGUACCCGGACGUCGUCGUCGGCGGCCUCGCGGCGUCGGCGCCGAUCGGGUACUACGAUCCGGCGCACUGGAAGGACCACGGCGUCGACGCCUACACCUUCAGCGACAUCAUCGCGCGCGACUACGACGACGCGGCGCCGGGCUGCCUGGACGCCAUCAGGGCGACGACGGACGCGUUGAACGCCGCGUCGCCGGAGGCGCUCGUCGACCUUUUUCAUCUUUGCGACGCGGCGGCGCUGGGCCCGACGCGCGCGGCGCUCUGGCAGUACGCGCUCGAGUCGCUGCCGCAGCUCGACUACCCGCGCGCGGUAGGGUCCAUCCCGGCCUGGCCCGUGAACCACACGUGCCAUCUGCUGGCCCGCGCGUCGACGGCCGCGGCGCGGCUACGCGUCGCGGCCGAGGUCCAGGCCAUGGUCCUGGGCACGGGCGGCGAAACGUGCUUCCCCGCGCUCGUCGAGGGCCCCGGCGGCGUGCCCGGCGACGGGCCGGGCCCGGACUCGUGGGGCUACCAGUCGUGCACGGAGAACUUGCACGAAUUUUCCUCGAAAUCCAAGGUGCGCGACUACACCUUCGACUUCGAGGCGCAGGCGUCGCUCUGCGGGUCCCUGUUCGACGACACGACGCCCGACCCUCGUCGGCUCACGGCGCUCUACGGCGGCUACGAGAUCCCGGCCAAGGUCACGAACGUCAUCUUUUCCAACGGCCUGCUCGACCCCUGGCACGGCGGCGGGUUCUACCCCUCGGACAAUGCGGACGCAUCGAACGUCUUCUGCGUCAUGCCCAAGGGCGCGCACCACGGCGACCUGCGAAAGCCCGAGGCCGACGACCCGGCCGACAUCAAAGCGUGCCGCGCGCUCGAGGAGGCGACCAUCGGCGGCUGGCUCGCGGCGGCCGUCGCAGGAUCGGCCUAA